UUUUUUUAUAUUAAGUGUACACCGAAAAAAUCGUAAUUACACUGUGCAAUUUUAAUAUUGUAAAAAUAUAAAAAUAAUACAAUGGAAUUUAAACCAAAAACAUUUGAUUUGGAGACUGCUUUCGUUACAUCUAAAAGAAGACAAUUGAAAAAAUUUCGUGGUAGAGAUUCACCACUUUACACUGCCAUUUAUCCGGCAGUUUACAUAUUACGAAUUUUUGGAUUUGUACCGUACACGUUUUCGAAAGAUCGUUUGGUACCUUCCAAUACUAAUAUGAUAUUUACAUUUAUUUUUUUAUUCAUUUUUACUUAUAAUAUUUAUACAAUUAUUGUGCAAUUUUUAACUGAAAAGAGACAAGCACCUAUCGUCGGUAGUACUGGAUACAUAAAGGUGUUAUUUAAUUAUUUCACGACUGUAUAUAGUUUAUUGUUAACGAUAAUAUCGAGAAAUAAAUUUGUACAAAUUUGGAAUAAUAUGCAAGAUUUUGACGAUGCUGUUAGAUUAUUAGGAUAUCCGCAAAAGGAAACUAAAACUAGAAUAGUAUGUUGGUUGUUUAUAUUUAUGAAUAUCAUCUUAUGGACAAUGGUCAAUCAAAGUGGGAUGUACGCUUUUAAAGAAACCUGGUAUGGCAAUGUAACUUACAUGUCCGUGUAUUUUGGUAGUUGUUUGGCUGUGUACAAAUUUAUUGGAAUGACACUUUUAUUGGGUCAGCGAUUUCAUCAUCUUAACCAGUUAACAAAGAAAUUUAUAUCUUCCAAAAGAUGCAAUUCUCAACCAAUCAAAAUUGACGUUAAAACUAUACAAGCAUGGCACAACGAGCUUAUGAUUGACGGAGAAAAUUUGAAUUCUUUGUAUACCUGGGCUAUACUCUUAUGGUUAGCCAAUUUGAGUGUUCACAGUGUUAGCGAUUUAUAUUUUAUCAUAGAUAAAAUAUUAAACACUUGGGAUGAUUUUUAUUUUCCAUCGGCUGCUUGUUUAAGUAGUUGGUUCUUAGCACUUUUUUCUCAACUUUUAAUAUUACACAUUUCUUGUGACUACGCUUCUACUCAGUCUAACGGGAUAGGUGAACUCAUGAUUGAAUGGCAAGCUUAUUUGAUAAAAAUCAAUUCUUUGAAGGAACCAAUAGAAAGGUCACUAAAUUAUGUCAAUAGAAAAUUACAAUUUACCGCUGCGGGAUGUUUUAGCAUCGAGUUACCAUUGAUACGUUCGAUAGCAUCAUUGGUAACAACGUAUUUGGUUAUUCUCUUGCAAUUGCAUGAGUAGUAUCGAUUUUAUAUUCACCUAAUUCUUUUUUUAUUAUUAUUAUUACCGUCAUGAUAUUAUAAAAUCAGUCGAAUCGCAUUAAUGUAACAUUGUUUUGAGAACUGAAGAAGAUUAUAAAGGGUAAGAGUAGUUGCGAUAUUGAUUUUACCUUCUACCACUGAAUAUAUUUACACACACUAUUCCAAGAACUUUUAUUCUAUUUUAUAUUUAAUGAAUUGAAAUA